GCAAAUAUCAACAACUGACUCUUUAACAUAAAUUUCCAUUGCAAAAUUAAAAUUUUGUUCCUGCAGUUAGUCAGAUUAAUCUUUCUUCCAGAUCAAUUUCGGCACUUUGAUCGCCCCGAUGGAGCUAUCACUGGAAGAAACGUAUGCUGCAUUUGAAGAAAAGGUGAAAAAGACGGUGUACGUUGACAAUCUUUCGAAUCAGGUCACCAAGUCUGUUUUGGAAACUGCAUUUGGUCAGUUUGGAACUGUAGUUAGUGUUGAGCUUAUUCCUGCCUACUUUGCGUCGUCUCUGGUUUAUGCUGCUCUUGUGGAGAUGUCGUCUGUGAAACAAGCUGACGAGAUUGUUUCCGAGAUGAGUGAGUGUCCGUUUAUGAUAUCUGGUAUGCCAAGGCCUGUCAGAGCUCAAAAAGCCGAAAUGGAAAUGUUUGAUGAUCGCCCUAAGAAACGGAACAAGAAGAUCAUAUGCCAGUGGAUGGAUCCAAACGAUCAGAAGUUUGAGACAGCUAAGAAGAUCAAAGAAUUGACCAAAAAGCAUGCAGCUGAGGCCGCAUUUAUGAUGGAGCUGCAACUUGCAAAGGAAGAGAAGCUGCAUAAUCAGCAGAACGAGACAUUGAGAGCAAACUAUAAGAAAUAUGAGCUGAUUGAUGGGGCACAAGGCAAUGGAACUGUUAAGCAAUUGGCAGCAUGUUAUAAAUUAACACUCAAUGAGUGUUGAUUGACGUCUUAUAGCUAUCCCUGUAACAUCUCAUUCUUAACCCGAAACUUGCAAAUGUACUUGUCAAAAGUAGCUGUAUAGAUUUGUAAAUAUGUUAUGCAAAUUAUGCUUAAGAAAUAUACUUUAGAUUAUUUC